AUGUUUAUCACGGUGACGUCUGGAGCUGGCUGCUGGGAGCUGGUGAAACCCUGGUGCAGCCUGGUGAUCCUCAUCACCCACCUGAGGCAGAGGGGGCAGGUGCCCCUGGAUGCGACCAUCGCCCUCCUGGCUGAGGACGGGCACCUGGUGAACCUGGGUGAGGGACUGGAAGAGGGGCCUUCCCCGGCGCCCUCCGUGGGCAGCCCCCUGCUGCAGGAGCGUGGGACCUAUGUCCUAGUGCAGAUCAUCAAGUGCAAGCGUGGGGCCCCCACCUGCUAUGAGUCCCUCCUGGAGAAACUGGAUGAGCGGUGUCCAGACCUGGCAGAGGAGCUGCGCUGGCUGUCGGGCCUGCCCCCCCUGGGCGAUGGCUGGAGAAGGCGCGCCGGCACUCUGCAUGGCCACCAGGAGCAAGGCCCUCCUUCACGGCCCCGAAGGGUGGGCUUCCUGCUGUCUGGGACCCACUAG